AUGGAUGGUUUUGACGGGCUGUGCGCCGUGUUCACCCAGCAGCCGCACGACCUGGUGGUGGUCGCCGGGCAACCCGUUACCCUGCCCUGCUCCAUCCCCGGUUACCAUGGCAUCGUGCUGUGGGUCAAGGACGGCCUGGCGCUGGGCGUGAACCGCGACCUCUCCGGGUACCCGCGGUACUCUGUGGUUGGGGACCACGCCGAGGGCGAGUACCACCUUCGGAUCGGGCGCGUGGACCUGACGGACGACGCCCUCUUCGAGUGCCAGGCCAUCCAAGCCGCCAUCAGGUCGCGACCCGCCCGCGUGACCGUCCUGGUUCCCCCCGACAACCCGGUGAUUAUCGGGGCCCCGGUGAUCAGCCUGCGGGCGGGCGACCCCCUCAACCUGACGUGCCACGCCGACAACGCCAAGCCCGCCGCGUCCAUCAUCUGGAUCCGCGACGGAGACGUCCUCAACGGGGCCAUGUACUCCAAGACCCUGCUGCGGGACGGUCGCCUGGAGACCACGGUGAGCACCCUCUACAUGUCGGCCUCCAACAUCGAGACGGGCCAGCAGAUCACCUGCCGCGCCUCCAACAAGGCCGUCCCCGGCGGCAAGGAGACCAGCGUCACCAUCGACAUCCAGCACCUGCCUCUGGUUAACCUGACCGUGCAGCCACAGCCUGUCCUGGAGGGGAACCUGGUGAAAUUCCACUGCUCAGCCAAAGCCAACCCGCACGUCACCCAGUACAGGUGGGCAAAAGGUGGAAGCAUUAUUAAGGAGGUGUCAGGUGACACCUAUGAGGUCAUCGUGGACUACUCCUUCUUCACUGAGCCGGUGUCGUGUGAGGUCACCAACCCCCUGGGCAGCACCAACAUCAGCCGAAAUGUUGACGUCUACUUCGGACCCCGCAUGGCCGCCGAGCCCCAGUCCCUGCAGGUGGACCUCGGGACGGAGGCGGUCUUCAACUGCGCCUGGACGGGAAACCCCUCCCUCACCAUCGUCUGGAUGAAGCGAGGCUCGGGGGUGGUGCUUAGCAACGAGAACAUCCUGACACUGAAGUCGGUGAGACAGGAGGAUGCUGGGAAAUACGUGUGCCGGGCGGUGGUCCCCCGGGUGGGCGCGGGAGAGAAGGAAGUGGCGCUCACCGUCAACGGCCCCCCCACCAUCUCCAGCACCCAGACGCAGCAGACCCCCCACGGCGAGAAGGGCCAGAUAAAGUGCUUCAUCCGCAGCACCCCACCUCCGGACCGCAUCGCGUGGUCCUGGAAGGAGACGGUUCUGGAGUCGGGGACCUCGGGCCGGUACACGGUGGAGACGGUGAGCACGGAGGAGGGCGUGAUCUCCACCCUCACCAUGAGCAACAUCGUCCCGGCCGACUUCCAGACCAUCUACAACUGCACGGCCUGGAACAGCUUCGGCUCCGACACCGAGAUCAUCCGGCUCAAGGAGCAAGAGUCCCUACAUUUGGCCGUCAUCAUUGGGGUGGCGGUCGGAGCUUUCGUGGCCUUCAUCGUCCUCAUGGGGACCAUCGGAGCCUUCUGCUGCACUCGCCUUCAGAGAAAAGACGCGCACCUGGUUAUGUCCUCACAUCCUGUCUCCAUCUCUGCUCACCAGACAGACCUUUCAAGCAAAAUUAAAUCUGAAAAUCUCAAAGGCGUCGUCUCCGCCAAGAACGACAUCCAGGUGGAGAUCGUUCACAAGGACCACGCCGCCGCUCGGGAGACCGAGGACCACGCCGCCAUCAAGCAGCUGAUGAUCGAGCGCGGCGAGUUCCAGCAGGAGUCGGUGCUGAAGCAGCUGGAGGUGCUGCAGGAGGAGGAGAAGGAGUACCAGCACAUUAAGGACCCCACCAACGGCUACUACAGCGUCAACACCUUCAAGGAGCACCACUCCACCCCAACCAUGUCGUUGGCGGGCAACCAGGCCGCCGAGGCCCGCACCGCCAACUCUGCCACCAUGGGCAAGCAGCAGAGGGUGCCCACGGGCAUGUCCUUCACCAACAUCUACUCCACGCUGGGCGCCGGGCCCAACCGCCUGUACGACUAUAGCCAGCGCUUCGUGCUGGGCAUGGGCAGCAGCUCCAUCGAGCUGUGCGAGCGGGAGUUCCAGCGCGGCUCGCUGAGCGACUCCAGCUCCUUCCUGGACACGCAGUGCGACAGCAGCGUCAGCAGCUACAGCAAGCAGGACGGCUACGUGCAGUUCGACAAGGACAGCAAGGCCUCGGCCUCCUCUUCGUCCCACUACUCGCAGUCCUCCUCGCAGAACUCCGACCUCACCCGGCCCCUGCAGAAGCGCAUGCAGACCCACGUGUGACCCCGCACC